AGAUAGUUAAGAGAGAAAAAGACUCAGAGAGAGUUCUGAAAUAUUUUUCCUAUAUCGUUGUUAUUAUACGACGUGCCAUUUGUUUCCAUUUUCAUAUUAUCUUUUUGUUACUAUUAUUUUCUUAUUGUUUCUUUUUCACUUUUUUUGAACCGAGGGUUUAUCAGAAAUAAUUUCUCUAUCUUUAUAAGAUAGAAGUAAGAUCUGCGUACAUAUUAUCCUCUUAAGACCUCACUUGUGAGCUUUUACUAAGUUUGUUGUUGUUAUUCUUUUUAACGUGUUGAACUCGUGAAAAAUAGGGGAGAGAAAGAUAGAAAAGGAGAAACUUUUUUCAAUAGAAUGAAAAUAUAAAUCUAAAUAUUACUAUAGUAAGACAAAAUUGCAACCACUAAAAUAAACGAUAAAGGCUCCGGUUUGAAAGCAUCUUUUAUAUCAUCAAUUAUAGAAGUCACUAGGCUAUGAUUAUUCCACAUGUUACCUAUAUAACUAAACAAAUUUCUUUUACAACAAAAAAGAACUUACAUUCAAAUCUUCACUCGCUCCAUAUUUUCAUUCUUUCUCCAAAAAAAUGUCCAAUUAUCAUGUUGCUGUUCUAGCAUUCCCUUUUGCAACACAUGCUGGCCUUUUACUUGGACUUGUCCAAAGGCUAGCAAAUGCAUUACCUAAUGUGACAUUCACAUUUUUCAACACUUCUAAAUCAAAUUCUUCAAUUUUCUCCGACCAAACCAAUCCACAUUGUACCAACCUUAAGCCCUUUGAUAUUUCCGAUGGCGUACCCGAGGGGUACGCGAUCGGAGGAGGGGGAAUUGAGGAGCUUAUAGGGUUGUUUUUUAAAUCCGCGAAAAAUAAUUUUCAGAAUGCUAUAACAGCUGCUGAGGAUGAAACGGGGAAAAAAAUUACGUGCGUUAUCGCGGAUGCGUUUAUAUGGUUUUCCGGUGAGGUUGCGGAGGAAUUAGGCGUUGAUUGGAUUCCUGUUUGGACUUCUGCGGCAGGAUCACUGUCCGUUCAUAUUUACACUGACUUUAUUAGAGAAAAUGUUGGGGUUCAAGGAAUUGCUGGACGUGAAGAUGAAAUUCUGAAAUUCAUUCCUGGAUUUUCUGAAUUAAGGCUUGGUGAUUUGCCUAGUGGAGUUAUAUUUGGAGAUUUAGAAUCAUCAUUUUCUCAAAUGCUUCACAAAAUGGGCAAAACCAUAACAAAAGCCAAUGCCUUACCAAUAAAUUCCUUUGAAGAAUUAGACCCUCCAAUUGUUGAAAAUCUCAAGUCCAAAUUCAAGAAUUUUCUCAAUGUUGGUCCUUUUAACUUAACCUCCCCACCACCCUCAGCAAAUAUUAUAGACAAAAAUGGUUGUAUUAAAUGGCUAGAUAAUCAAGAACCAAAUUCUGUGGCUUAUAUUGGAUUUGGCACAGUUGCAACACCACCACCUAUUGAGUUAAAAUCUAUGGCUGAAGCACUUGAAGAAAGCAAAACACCUUUUCUUUGGUCAAUUAAAGAUGAUUUUAUAACACAUUUUCCAAAAGGGUUUUUGGAAAAUACAAGUGAAUAUGGUAAAAUUGUACCAUGGGCCCCACAAGUACAAGUUCUUGAACAUAGUUCAAUUGGGGUUUUUAUAAAUCAUAGUGGUUGGAAUUCUGUUUUGGAAAGUAUAGCUUCUGGUGUGCCAAUAAUUUGUAGGCCAUUUUUUGGAGAUCAUCACUUGAAUUCUUGGAUGGUUGAGAAAGUGUGGAAAAUUGGAGUGAAAAUUGAAGGUGGGUUUUUUACUAAAAGCGGUACAAUGGUUGCACUUGACUUGGUUUUAUCAAAAAAUAGAGAAGAAUUGAAGCAACAAAUUGGUAUGUAUAAAGAUCUUGCUCUUAAGGCUGUUGGACCAAGUGGGAGUUCAACUGAAAAUUUCAAGAAAUUGGUUGAGAUUAUCACCUNCAAAAGACUUUUCAUCCCGUCUCUGCAAUGUUUUGCAGUACACACGACAGAGAAAGCUGUUUGGGUGCACCCAAGUGCCGGCAAUCGGAAUCAAAUGAAAGUUGAAGGACCCAUUCGAUUCAGGCUUCUAGCCUUGAAAAUGAGUUCUUAA